GUUGACAUUUCUUUUUGAUCCUUUACGUCAACGUGAAAGGUUUGCAUUAUUUUUAUAUUAAAAGUUUCAUCCAAAAACAUCCAUUUUCAUGAUUUUUCAUCCACUGUGAUAAUUCAUUUUUUCAGUUUUUAGUACUUUUAGCAGUCAUAUCACUUAUAUAUUUUCCAAAAACGUAUUACAUACAAGGCUGUUGGUAGUCUAGGUUAGGUCAAUGUUUUGGGUGUUCUUUCCUUACCGAAAUCUUUUCUGAUUUUAGGACAAUCAUGAAACAAAUCGUGACAAAUCAGACUGUGAAGAUCCCUGAAGGUAUCACAGUCACCACCAAGUCCCGUUUGGUGACAGUGAAGGGACCAAGAGGGACACUGAAACGUUCGUUCAAGCACCUCGCCCUCGACAUUCGUAUGGUGAACCCACGUACCCUGAAGGUAGAGAAAUGGUUCGGCACCAAGAAGGAGCUCGCAGCUGUCAGGACAGUGUGCUCGCAUGUCGAAAACAUGCUCAAAGGUGUCACCAAGGGCUAUCAAUACAAGAUGAGAGCUGUAUACGCUCACUUCCCCAUCAAUUGUGUCACCACGGAGAAUAACUCUAUUAUUGAAAUUAGGAAUUUCUUGGGAGAAAAAUACAUCAGGAGGGUGAAAAUGGCCCCAGGUGUGACGGUAACAAAUUCUGCAAAACAGAAGGAUGAGCUGAUCAUUGAAGGUAACUCCCUGGAGGAUGUCUCACGAUCAGCAGCUCUUAUCCAGCAAUCCACCACAGUGAAAAAUAAGGAUAUUCGUAAAUUCUUGGAUGGAUUGUAUGUAUCUGAGAAAACAACAGUUGUACAAGACGAAUAAUUGUAUGUAUAAAAUAAAUUUUGUUGUAAGAU